CGCUAAAUGAGGGCAAGCCACUCCUGCAUCUCACGUUCUGAAAGCCAUACUGCACUCAAGCGUUGCGAAAUAGUAUGAUUGCUUUAAAUCAAGGGGUAGUCGGACUUGCGUACCAAUAGAUGUCGACGGUCUAUGUACAGUAUCUCCUGCGUCGUUCAAUGCCCGAAGGGAGUUGCUCUACGUCAAUAAUUCUGGACACGAGCUCCCAGCCUACUGAUCUAUCGAAGCUCUGUUCUCUCUAACCUUGCAGUGUCGUCGCCGUUCACGGACUAAAUGGGAAGGCUAAAGAGACUUAGCAAGAUGCAGAGACCGGAAGGCUCUGGCUUGAAGACUUCCUUCCCGAAGCCAUACCGAAUGCAAGAAUAAUGACUUUCAGAUACGACUCAAGCCUGCUCCUCAGUCGUUCUAAGGCUGGGAUUAAAGACUUUGCUCUCGAUUUGCUGAACCGAAUAUGGAUGCUCAGGCCAAAUCAGAAGACCAAAGCCAGGCCUCUCAUCUUUGUAGCCCACAGUCUUGGAGGAAUGGUAGUCAAAAAGGCGCUCAUUCUUUCACAUGAGAAUAAUCGCCAUUAUGGCGACAUUCUCACCUCAACGGGACAUAGGCGAAAUCCGGGGGUUAAGGAGAGCAGAUGCAUUAUUUACAAAGACCCGUGUAAGCCGACAAGAUCGUCCACGCAAAAAGAAUUUGAUAUCCUUCCCACAGCUCAGCCUCGCACUGUAUCCAGUUACUAGUACUGUUCGAUUGUCAAUCCGAGCAGAUUUCCAAGUCUGCUCUUGCUUCAUUCGUCCUUGGAGCUAUAACUGGCGGGCCAGCUACAAUGCCUUCGCCACAGACUGCUCUCACACUCGACCGGCAUCCCACUGACUCUUUCUGCAUCCAACGCAGCUGAGCUUCUUCAUGUCUCGAUCUUCAAUACUUCCAUUACAUACCUUCCUUGCCUGUCUGGGUCACCACCACACUGAUGCAGAUUGGGCUAUAAGAUUUCAUCAUCAAUACUUAGCUGAGGGACAUCCUGUGCUGGAGAAUGGUAUGGGUAGCAGGGCACGACUUGUCUACCCAUGAUGGUUCGAAUCCUGAUCAAGGCGUUCGGAUGUUGGCUUAAAAGCCUGGUCGAGACACUCGACUCUGCAACUUUCAACUUCAAUCAGUCAAAGACUGGCCCCUUUUUUUCUUUUCUAGGUCUUCUCGGCUCGUCCAACUCCUUUUGGGCGAUUCGAAGCCAUGUAGUAUGUCGCAGGGGGGAUGGAUUUCAGAUGACGUGUUGAUUGCAUGUGUUGCUAACUAGCUGGUAUUGGGGUUCGUGUGGCUUCGUCUUUGAUGUACCUUCUGCGGAAAUACGUAGCUGCAAUGAAAUUUUCCAGCAUGAUGAUGCAUUCUCAAGCC